UUUGUCGGCAGACGUAUCAGUAGAGCCAGGCGCUGGCCAGCAGGCCCAGCCGAGCAGCGAGCGCCGCGCAGAACCGCGCAGCUCCGCGGGCGGCCCCGCUGGCCCAGCAGGCACUGCACCGGGUCGCACGGCGCGGCCCCGGAUCAUGAGACAAGUCCCAGCCCGCGCCGCUGAGCAGACGACAACAUGACGAAGAAGUUCGAGUUCGACUGGCAGAUCCCUGUCCCGCAGCCGCUGCUCGACGGCUGCGUGUUCGACCGAUGGACGGACGAGGGGGGCAUCGAGCCGGCGUGCCUCUUCAAGUGCGACGAGUUCGGCUUCUUCAUCUACUGGAAGAGCGACGGCAAGGAAGGCGAUGUGAUCGAGCUGUGCCAAGUGAGCGACAUCCGUGCAGGCGGACUCCCAAAGGAAGUGAAACUGCUGGAGAAGCUUCAGUCCAAGCAUGGCAACGACCUGGAGGACAAAUCGCUCACCAUCUGCAGUGGUACCGACUACAUCAAUAUCAACUACCAGCACGUGGUUUGUCCCAAUGCCGAAACCGCCAAGGAAUGGGUUGACGGUCUACGUGCAAUCACUCACAACAUUAAAGCUAGUAACGUGUGCCCAAUGACAUGUUUAAAAAAGCACUGGAUGCGACUCAAAAUGCUGACAGACGCAAAAGGCUUGGUUCCCGUCAAGGUGAUCGCGAGAACAUUCGCGUCAGGCAAAACAGAGAAACUAGUGUAUCAAUGCCUAAGCGAUCUGGAAUUGCCGAGCGGGAAGGGUGAUUCCAUAGAACCGGAGGCGUUCACAUUCGACAAGUUUUAUACACUCUAUCACAAGAUCUGUCCUCGAAAUGACAUCGAGGAGCUGUUCCAGUCGAUUAACCAAGGCAAGAGCGACACCAUCAGCACGGCACAAUUCGUCGAUUUCCUGAACGAAAAGCAACGAGAUCCGCGGCUCAACGAAAUCUUGUAUCCAUUGUACGACGAGAAGAGAGCCACCGAAAUCAUCGACACCUACGAGCAGAGCGAGGAGAUCCGUAAAGAACGAAAACUUUCCAAGGACGGACUUAUCAGGUACCUCAUGUCGGACGAAAAUGCCCCGGUGUUCCUGGACCGCUUGGACAUUUACAUGGACAUGGACCAACCCCUGGCGCACUACUACAUAAACUCUUCUCACAACACUUAUCUGUCCGGUCGUCAGUUUGGAGGAAAGUCUUCCGUGGAGAUGUACAGGCAGACUCUGCUAGCUGGCUGCAGGUGCGUGGAGCUGGACUGCUGGGAUGGGAAAGGCGAGGACGAGGAGCCCAUCAUCACGCACGGCAAAGCCAUGUGCACCGACAUCUUGUUCAAGGACGUCAUCUACGCCAUCCGCGACACGGCAUUUGUUACAUCUGACUACCCUGUCAUCCUGUCUUUCGAGAACCAUUGCUGCAAGGGACAACAGUUCAAACUAGCCAAGUACUGCGACGAGAUCUUCGGAGACUUGCUGCUGAGCGAGGCUUUGCCCGAUUACCCGCUGGAGCCCGGCGCGCCACUGCCGCCGCCAAGCGCCCUCAAGCGCAAGAUCAUGAUCAAGAACAAGCGGCUCAAGAAGGAAGUGGAGGUCCGCGAGCUGGAGCUGUUCAAGCAGGGCCAGCUCGUCAUCGAGGACGAGGAGAAGGAAGACGCGUCUGCCCCCGCCGCGGCGCCCCCAGAGGAGAAGAAGGAGGAGGAGGGCGCCCCCGACGCGCCGCCGCCCGUGCAGCACACGGGCUCAACCACCAACGUGCACCCGUGGCUGUCCUCCAUGAUCAACUACGCGCAGCCAGUCAAAUUUUCCGGUUUUGACGUGGCAGAUGAGAAAAACAUCCACCACAACAUGUCCUCUUUCGCGGAGACGGCCGGCCUGGGCUACCUCAAGUCGCAGGCGAUCGAGUUCGUCAACUACAACAAGCGGCAGAUGAGCCGCAUCUACCCGCGCGGCACGCGCGCCGACUCGUCCAACUACAUGCCGCAGGUGUUCUGGAACGCGGGCUGCCAGAUGGUGUCGCUUAACUUCCAGACGUCCGACCUGCCAAUGCAGCUCAACCAGGGCAAGUUCGAGUACAACGGCAACUGCGGCUACCUGCUCAAGCCCGACUUCAUGCGGCGGGCUGACCGAAGCUUCGACCCGUUCGCCGAGUCCCCGGUGGACGGCGUGAUCGCCGCCCAGUGCGCCGUGCAGGUGAUAGCUGGACAGUUCUUGUCCGACAAGAAGGUGGGAACCUACGUCGAGGUGGACAUGUACGGCUUGCCAACCGACACGAUCCGCAAGGAAUUCCGCACCCGGAUGGUCCCUGCGAACGGCCUCAACCCUGUCUAUAACGAGGAGCCGUUCCUGUUCAGAAAGGUCGUGCUGCCAGACCUGGCCGUGCUGCGCCUGGGGGUGUUCGACGAGACGGGCAAGCUGCUCGGCCAGCGCAUCCUGCCCCUGGACGGCCUGCAGGCCGGCUACCGCCACAUCUCGCUCCGGACAGAGGCCAACUUCCCCAUGUCGCUGCCCAUGUUGUUCUGCAACGUCGAGCUCAAGAUCUACGUCCCCGACGGCAUGGAAGAUUUCAUGGCGGCUCUGUCGGAUCCGCGGGCGUUCCUCUCGGCGCAGGAGAAGCGCACGGCGCAAAUGGAAGCCAUGGGCAUCGAGGCCACGGCCAUCGACACGAAGGAUCUGGUGCUGAGUUCCGGGCCGAAGAAAGGCUCCAAGUCCGGCCCGAAGGGAGGGGGUGCGGGCGGCGCGGGCAAGGCCGAAGAAAAGAAGGAGGAGGACCUAAAGCUGGAGCCGCUCACUGUGGAGACCUUGCGCAACGAGAAGGGCUUCCAAAAGACGGCUCGUAAGCAACAGAAGGAACUGGACACGCUGCACAAGAAGCACCAGAAGGAACGCCUUACUGUACAAAAAGCUCAGUGUGCUGCUAUCGAAAAGCUCGUGAAGGGGAAAAAUAAGGCGGAGGUCGCCUCCGACCCGGCCAUUCGAAAGCUGGUCCAGGAGCAGACGGCUCAGUGGUCUGAGAUGGUGGAGCGGCAUCGUAAGGAGGAAUGGAAGUCUAUGAAACAGCACGUGACUGACCAGGAGGAGAUUCUUAAGCAGCUGCUGACCACGACGCAGGCCUCGCAACUCCGCCAGCUUGAAGCCAAACAUGAGAGAGAUUUGAAGGAGAUGAACACCAGGCAGGCAAAGAUCUCUGUGGAGACUAUGAAGGAAGUGGCCAAUGAUAAGACCCUCAAGACAAAAGGAGACAAAGAUCGUCGUCUCCGGGAGAAGAAGCAAAACAAUACCAAAAAGUUCAUGGAGGAGCGCAAGAUGGCACAGAUGAAGCAGGGGAAAGACAAAGAAAAGCUCAAGAAGAAACAUGAGAAGGAAACCGAAGAACUCUCAAAAGACGUCCAAAGUCUCAUCAAAAUGUACACUAAUGAAGAAAUAGAAUAUGAUCUUGGAUCCAAGUCAGAAUUCUAUGUGUAAACAAUAUAGAAGCCGACAGAUCUCCUGAGAGCUUCUUUUUGAUUCUGCGCCUAAUUCCACUAUGGGCCUAAUUGCUUUGACUAGUAGUGACAA